UCAACCACCACAUUUCACACAGACCCAACUCCUCUCUCUCUCUCUCUCUCUCUCUCUCUCUCUACUACUAGUCUUCAACUUCAAAAGGGUAUACAAGAACAUGGAAAACCAGCAGGCGGGUCAUGAGCUUAUAUCCAUGACAUACACCUGGACUAUUGACAACUUCUCCAAGCUCAAUACCCAGAAGCAUUACUCCGAUGGUUUCGUCGUCGGCGAUUUCAAAUGGCGGAUUGUGGUGUACCCAAAGGGGAGCAAUGGGAAGCAAUACUUGUCCAUGUACUUGAAUGUGGCAGAUGCUUCAAAGUUACCAUCUGGGUGGAGUAGAUAUGCCGAGUUCACCUUAACUGUCGUUAAUCAAUUUAACGGCGACAAGUCGAUAACCAUAGACACACAGCAUCAGUUCAGUGCAAAAAAAAGUGAUUGGGGCUUCACAUCCUUCAUGCCUCUAAGUGAGCUAUUUGACCAGAAUGAAGGGUAUAUCGUGGAUGACAUAUGUGUUGUUGAAGCUGAGGUUGCAGUCAGUAAAGCUGACAUUAAAGUUCUAAAAGACCAAGAAACUGCCUUUCUCGGGCAGGAACUUCAAAGUCAGUCUUCAGACGUGGAUUCUGGGAAAUAUUCAGAAGCUUCAACGGCUCAUACAUCACUUUGUUAUGAACAGGUGGUUGCUUUCGAGGAUUCACUAAAUUCUGACCCUGUUCAAACAAAUGUUGAUUCUGCGCAAGUUCCACACUUGAAAAUAGAACCAAGAUCCGAUCAAGUGCUGCCUUACCAGGAGACUGAUAGCCCUGUUGGCCCUCCCAUAGUCGAGGAAAGCGAUGAAGCUCCCUCCACGCUAGUUAGCGAGCUCAUCAAUUUCAGGGGACUAGGGAAAAUAGAUAAAGCUUUUGUUCCACUGUUGGAGGAAGCCUGUUUGUGGCAUCCUUCGUUGAUUAGCUGCCAGAGGAAAAGAAGUCGCAUGUUUAGUGAAUGGGCAUUCACAGCUUUGGGUCGACUAUUGCAUUUUCUGAAUACCACAAGGGUUAAGGAUAUGAUGGAGGAUUCAUGUGAGCACGAUCCAUGUGAGCAUCUUCAAGUUUUGUGGGAGGAGGUUGAGGCCUUUAGAUUUGACUUGAGUUGGCUGGAGCCUUUUGUUCAGUCAGCUUUGGGAAUGAAGAAGUUUGGGGAGAGGGAAGGAGUAUUGAAGAAACUCGGAGAGGAUGUUGAUGCUUUAGAGACUGAAAUGAGGGGGUUGAGGGAGAGGCUAGCUGUUGCUGAGGUAGCUCACAGGCUUGCAAAAGGAGAUCUGGAAAUGGCAGAGGAAAGCUUUGGCGAGGAAAAUAUGAACAGGAAGCUCGGUUAUGGGAGCCAUUAGCCUCGCAGCAGAUUUCUUUCUUUGAGAUGCAGGCGUGUGCAUUAUAUCUAAAGAUGUGCAAUCCAGUUUCCUAGAUGAUAUCUAUGCAUGGGGCUGCUUGUGGCUUCAGUUCAAUGUACAAGUGAAUAAACGAAACUGGUUUAAAUUUUGUUUGAUCACCAUAUCCAUUCUGGACCAAACAUCUUGCUCAGAGCAAUGGCAGGUAGGAGAAGUUUUUACCCUUUAAUUUUUAGUGCUUUUCUGGUACUUCUAUUAGGAUGAAGUCUAUUGUUGAUGUACAAAUUCAAUCAUGUCAGUUUGUAGUUCUCCUACUGAUAAAAUGGAUAAGUAUAAGAAUUUUGCUGGGAAGAGUUGUUCGUUUAAAUUCGAAUUGAUUAGUUAGCUCAAGUUUCAUUACAAUUUGGUGACCAACUGUGGAGUGAAAAUUUAGUGUCACCCCCAGGUCUUAUAUCCAAGUAGCUGAACAAUUGUGUUGCCCAUGCACUAAUCAGUAGUAACAUCCUCCCCGCAUGUCCGAUUGUCUUCUGAAGCAGUGUCUUAACUUGUUUGAUGUAAUAUGCUUUCCAACUCAGAUUCAAACUUGGAAGGUU